GCUAAAUCUCAAACUUAGCAAUCUUACUUAGUAUUGAACUUGAGUGUAGCCAACCACAAAAAAUUUUGGAAAAUGGUUUUAGAGGCAAAACAUGCACUUCAUUUGGGGAAGCCACACUCUAAGGCAGGCCCUGUUCAUGUUGUAAUUGAUCCUUCGGUUUUAUUUUCCAUUCUUGACCAUUCCACCAGAAGAAGUGAAAACAACCAAAGAGUGAUCGGUACUUUGUUAGGAAUUCGCUCUGAAGAUGGUCGCGAAAUUGAAGUAAAGAGUUGUUUUGCUGUCCCUCACAAUGAGAGUAGCGAACAAGUCGAAGUAGAAAUGGAAUAUCACAGAACUAUGUACCACUUGCACUUAAAGGCUAAUCCCCGUGAAGUAGUUGUGGGUUGGUAUGCUACAUCGUCAGAUUUAGAUGCGUUUAGUGCCUUGAUCCAAAACCUUUAUGCCUCUCCCCCUGAACAAGGUUCUCCUGCUUUAGGCACUUACCCUCAUCCCUGUAUCCAUUUAACUGUUGAUACCGAUGUGAGCACUCCUUUAAGCAUACAAACCUACCUUUCCUCCCCUGUUGGAAUCACCGAAAGACUUGCCGAUAGCUGUGCUUUUGUCCCUACUCCUUAUAGCAUUCGGGAGAACGAAGCUAUUCGUUCUGGUUUGAAGGCCAUCGCUGCUCCCAAGAAUGAUCCUUCCCGUAUUGCUGGUUUAUUCACUGACCUCCAACAACUAAAGCGCUCCACUUUGGAAGUUCUCUCAAUGAUUGAGCGAGUUUCAGACUACGUUCAAAAUGUUAUUGAUGGUUCCUCUCCUGCCAACGUUGCUGUCGGUAGAUACUUGGUAAGAUGUCUCAGUCUUGUUCCUAGCAUUGAGGGACAAGAGUUUGAGAAAAUCUUUUCUUCUCACUUGCAAGACGUCUUGGUCGUUGUUUACCUUGCCAAUACCCUUCGUACCCAGAUUGAUAUUGCCUCACGUUUGAAUGUGCUUCCUUAAAGUAUAAGGAAGUUUUGAUGGAUUUCUUUCACUGAUUAAGUGGGUUGUCUACUAUUUAAGGGGUAAUGGAUAAUACUAUUCUCCUUUUCUAAAAGUGAACGCUGACGACUGUCGUAUUCUAAACUGAUCACUAAUAGGUUUCUAUUGUUUAUUUCAAAACCUCAUACUUGGUAGUAGAUAGUCUCCAUUUUAAGAUGCUUAAAACAUUAUAAAUAAAUUUAGGUUCCAUUUCGGGUUUUGAAAACGAAGAGCAUAUUAUGUUUAUUUGGAAGGAAUGAUUAGACCUUUAGCUAGUAGAUUUAUUUAUAUAAAUUGUCUGGGA